AUGCAUUUCUGGUUUGAACAUGGCGAAGAUUUUAUUGUGACACCAUUUGCACAAAUCUUAGCAAGUUUGCGUAAUGUUCGAGCGAAUCUCAUCGCUAUCGCUAAUUUAUCACCAAAUGAAAGUCACCAUCGGCCAGUUGCCAAGCGGCCGCCACUUCAUAAUAUUUCACUGCCGGAUGAUGUUACUCAGUGCGCCGAAGAUACGCUCAGUGAGCUCGAUUGGUGCCUCGACCAGCUCGAAACAAUUCAAACACAUCGUUCCGUAUCUGAAAUGGCUUCAAAUAAGUUUCGCAAAAUGCUCAACAAGGAACUUAGUCAUUUCGCCGAAUCAUCGAAAUCUGGAACGCAGAUCUCACAAUUUAUUAUUCAUACAUAUAUGGAUAAAGAUGAUGAUGAACUUCAACCUGAGCUUUCUUCCUCUGAACCUUUAGCUUCAACGUCAACGCCAGUCGAAGAAACAACUCAUAUGAGUUUAUUAGGUAAGGCGAAAACGGCAGCGAUGUCGCGAAUUAGUGGUGUGCGAAAGCUUCGUUCCCCUCGAGGUGGUCACAUUCCUGAAUAUGGCAUCGAGGGUCACAAAGAACUUGCUGUACAUAUGCAGAUGUUGGACGAAUGGGGCUUAAAUAUAUUCAAAGUUCACGAUCUUAGCAAAGGUCACGCUCUGACUUCGGUUACUUAUACUAUACUAAAGAAUCGUAAUUUAUUGAAGACUUUCGAGAUUCCUGCUGGUGCAUUAACAACAUAUUUGUUACAUUUGGAGCAUCAUUAUAGAGAUAAUCCAUAUCAUAAUCAGAUUCAUGCUGCAGAUAAUGUAUUUUCGGAAUUAGAAAUUCUUGCUGCAUUAUUUGCCGGUGCAAUUCAUGACGUUGAUCAUCCCGGUUUUACAAAUCAAUUUCUUAUUAAUUCAAAUUCCGAAUUAGCAAUAAUGUAUAACGAUGAAUCGGUUUUAGAGCAACAUCAUUUAGCCGUUGCUUUUAAGUUACUACAGGAUUCAAAUUGUGAUUUUCUUAUUGCUUUGACGAAAAAACAGCGGCAAUUAUUUCGAAGGUUAACUAUUGACCUGUGGCGUUUACCUUAG